GACGCACCACCACUCCCGCCACCCACCGAAGUCGUGAGCAUGCGUAUCUACCCGGUCAAAUCUUGCCGUGGCAUUGUCGUCGAUAACACGCGACUGCGAAAGACCGGCUUGACGCUCGACCGGAACUGGAUGUUCAUCGACAAGUCCGACCGCAAAUUCAUGACCAUCCGCACCGACUCAAGCAUGACCCUUGUCGACACCGCGAUCAUUGACGGUAAAGGCGACGACGGCAAACCUCAACAACAGCUCGAAAUCAGCAUCCACGGCACAGAUGCUCGCGUCACAAUACCUGCCUUCCCAACGAAAGACUACCUCGAGAAGAACACCACCCUCUCCACCGUGGAAAUCUGGGAAGCGGAAACAGACGCCUACGAGUACCCGGCCUCCAUCAACAAGAUGUUCUGCGACUUCUUCAACAAAGACGUCGCCCUCGUCUACAAAGGCCCCACGGCGCGCAACUCCGGCACCAACGGCCGCGAAGAACUCUACGGCGCCGCAGUCCCCCACCACUUCGCCGACGUCAUGAGCCUGCAGAUCGCGUCGGAAGCGAGUUUCAAGGACCUGAACCGCCGGUUACGAGAGAAAGACCCGAGUCUCGGUGGCUGGACCAUCGAACGGUUCCGCCCUAAUAUCAUUGUUCGUGGCCGCGACGACCACCCGUGGGAAGAGGAUACGUGGAAACGCAUCCGGAUCAUGACGACGCUGCCCGAUGAAUCGGCGAUAUACAAGAUCGAUUUAGAUGUCGUGGCGCGGUGUGCGCGGUGCCAGGUGCCGAAUGUGAAUCCCGACACGGCGCAGAAGCAUCCGAAGCAGCCGUGGGACGAGCUGAUGAAGUAUCGCCGCGUGGAUGAAGGCGGGGUGGCGAAGUAUAAGCCGUGUUUUGGUAUGUUGUGUAUUCCGAAGAACGAGGGGAAGAUUAAGGUGGGCGCGUCGUUGGAGGUGUUGGAGACGACGGAUAAGCAUUUGUAU